AGAAGCAGAGAGCAGAGCGCAGAUCACAAGCAAAAAGGCAGCCGUUUGAGAGUGGACGGACGGACGGAAAAACGAAAUUGUUUUCCAAACGCGCACACGCACAAACACGAGGUUUUUCGUCGCCAAAUUGUUUAUCAAUAGUUUGCGGGUUCGACUAAAGUGUCGCGCGGUGCCGGGUGUUUAGUGAUAAGUUACGCGGUGGUGGUGAAAUUAGGCGAUAAUUAGGCGCAAAAUGAAAUCUGUGCACUGGUGCUAAUAUUAGUAAAAUUUAUAAACUGAGCGUGCGGUGAGUUGCUGAUCGAUCAAAGUGGCCUUGGAGGAAAAUCUGCAAAAAAAAAUCCAAGUUGUCAACAAAGGCAAAAGGAAGAAAAGCGAAAUGUGUUUGGCUAGUCGAAAGCAGUUCAAUAUAGAAGCUAGCUAGUGUUUUAUCAAAAGUAACAAUUCGCCAAAAAAAAAAAAGAAAAAAGUUUUACACCAUCAAAGUUCCUCUUAGCAAGUAAAACAAGCCGAGUGCGCGUGUUGUGAAUAGAGAAAAAAGCCAAGCUGAAUCUAAGUGACAGUUGCGGAAACCCGGUUUCGAAGCCAACUGACAGUUGUUUGGUGAAGCGUGUCGCGGUGUGUUUGUUUGUCAGAAAGGACCUCUCGCCUUCGAACGAGAGCAGCUCCGGGGAAUGAAAAUGGCCCCGGCGAAGCAGAACGGAACUACGGCGGCGCUGCUGCCACUGAUCAGAAAAACCAUCUCCACAAGAUCCAAAGCCACCACCGUCAGCCAGAACCAAAACACAGAUGACGCGCAGCAGCAGCCACUGCAGCGCGGCAAGCGGAAGGCCGACGUCAGCCCGCUCAAGUAUGACCGGGGCGUGAAGCGAUCCGCGCUCUGCAAUCUGACCAAUGCCGCCAACGUCCCGACCACCGAAAGCGACUCCGAUGCCGGCGGUUUCAAAGGCCUCAAGGUGCAGAAUGUCAAUGGCGCCACCGGCAAGGUCACAGGCCUGCUCCAAGUGGCCAGCAAUAUCGGCAACAACAAGAAGACUGCAAAGACUGUGACAGAGGUGUUCACCAAGCCGGACCCCGACGGACCAAAGACCCGCGCGGCCACCAAAAUCUUGACUCGUGCCGCCAGCCGGCAGAAGCUCGACACUGGAAGCAGCAAACCGACGGCCACCAAGACCAAGACCCUGACGGCAUCGAUCGGGCACGCGCUCAAGGACCAACUGUCCGCGAUGACCACCACCAUCGUGAAGCCGAAAGAGAUGACGGCCGACGGCGGCGCCAAACUGGCCGCCACGAGCCAGGCCGCGCAGCAGGGCAAACCAAAGCGUAGAAUAUCGAACGAGUUUGAAAAGACUGAGGACAGUUUGUACGUGUCCGCGCUGGAGGACAUCACAUCGAGCGGUUCGCUCCGACUGUCGGACAAUUUCGGCUCGCGGUCGGCCACGCCCAAGGAUUCGGCCAAGGGCGCCAGCCCGUCGACGGGAUCGCCACAAAAGCGCACCCCGGACGGCGUCGAAGACUACGAUCUGGUCAACUGGAACGACGUGUUCCAGGUGUCGCACUACGCGCACGAGAUCUUCCAGUACCAGAAGGAUCGCGAGCCGACGUUCGCCAUCCCGGACUACAUGACCCGGCAGCCGCACAUCAGCAAGUGGAUGCGGGCCCUGCUGGUGGACUGGAUGGUGGAGAUUCAGGAGUCGUUCGAGCUGAACCACGAGACGUUGUACCUGGCGGUGAAGAUUGUGGACAUUUACCUGUCGCGGAUGGAGAUCCAGAAGGACUCGCUGCAGCUGCUGGGCGCGGCGGCGCUCUUUAUCGCGGCCAAGUAUGAUGAACGCGUCCCGCCCACCGUAGACGACUUCCACUACAUCUGCGACGGCGCGUACCAGCGGCGCGAAAUGAUCCUGAUGGAGAUGACGGUGUUCAAGACGAUCGGCUACGACCUGGGCAUUCCGCUGUCGUAUCGGUUCCUGCGGCGGUACGCCCGCGUCAACCGCAUCGACAUGCCCGUCCUCACGCUGGCCCGCUACAUUCUGGAGUUUUCGCUGAUGGAUUACGCCAUCGUGCAGCUGAGCGACUCGAAGCUCGCGUGUGCGGCGCUGUUUAUCGCGAUGCGCAUGAACAACAUGCCCGGCUGGAACAAGACGUUGGAGUUUUACUCGGGCUACAAAAUCGAAGACUUUGCCGCGAUCGCCGUGCUGCUGAACAACAUCAUGACCCGCAAGCCGAAGGAAUCGCUCAACACCGUCCGCCACAAGUACUCGCACGAGCUGUUUUUCGAGUCGGCCAAAAAGCCCUUCAUCACCGACCUGCGGGUGCUGUUUGACACGACCGGGCUCGACCUGACCGCGAUCCAGCAGCUGCAGGUGCCGGCCUCGUCGCUCUCGAUGACGGCAACCGUGAGUGGCAGCAGCAGUGCCAGGUCGGCCGGAACCACGACGGCCGUUUGAGCAAAGGAACGGGAGAGUCAAGCUGUUUUGUGCCACGCCACCGUAGUUAGUCGGAAUAUUAAUUACCUACCACAAAACGUAUAUUUUUGAAGAGUGCGAUCUUUCUUUUUCAACAAAUCUUUUGAAGAAACAACAAAAACAAUGCUUAACACAGAGUGUCGUUUUCUUUUCAGUUUCCCCGUUUUUUCAGUUUGUUUUAUUAUUGCAGAAUGUUUUCUUUCUUUAUAUAUUGUGUUUUUCUUCCCUAUAAAAAACUUUAUCCCUUUUGUU